GAGAUAUUCAACUUUUUGUUGUGCCGUCCCCAUGGGAGAUUUUUUUCGUUGGGCAAGACGAGACGAACACACAACAACACGCACACGUGGCGGCCCGAAAACACGAAAGACGCACGCAAGCACCAUGGGGAAGCCUCAGGGACGGUCCAAGAAGAAGACGUUCGGCCCGCGCGGAGCCGAUGGCCGAGCGGUUUCGAAGAAACCGAAGCCGACGCAGCAACAUGAUCUUCCAUCUCCAGGCGCUGGCGGUGCGCUCUCGGGUGGCCAUGAUGGCGCGAUUUUGAUGGACGUGGACGAGGGCGAAAAGGACAUUCAAGAAGUGGAAGCAGGAAAAGGAAAAGAAGCGGGCCAUGGAGCAGGAGGGAGAGGAAAAAGAGGCCAAGAACGAUGCGUAGUGAUGUGUGUCUUUUAG